AUCUGGGUCAGAUCCAAGAAAAGUUGCAUCUGCAGCAGUUAAUGCAUGACUGUGGCACAAGCAGAGAGGAUUUUGUACUGACAAAACACCCAACGUGUUCCUUUGACUACUCCUAGCUAUUUUUGUCCAAGAGAGGAGAACUGAGCCACUGAGUCUUAUGCUGGUGCUGCAAUGCUGAGUUAUAGCUCGACUACUGUGAAGAAUCUUCCUCUGAAGAAGAGGCUCUGUUUUCUGCUGAAACUUGUGGGCUUUGUCACCUCAGUGUUCAUAUUUUGUGAAUUUUUAAUUUAUUAUGUGGUGAUUUUUCAAUGCCGAUGGCCAGAAGUGAAAGGUGGAGCUCCCAUGGGUGAAAAAGAGACUUCAGCUUCAGUCCUAAAGGCCAUGAUUUUAGCUGAUACUCACCUACUUGGUGAAAUCAAAGGACAUUGGUUUGAUAAACUAAGAAGGGAAUGGCAGAUGGAGAGAUCUUUCCAAACUGCCUUAUGGUUACUGCAGCCAGAUAUUGUUUUUAUUCUGGGAGAUAUCUUUGAUGAAGGCAAAUGGAGCUCACCUCAGGCAUGGGCAGAUGAUGUCAGGAGAUUUCGGAAAAUGUUCAAGUAUCCAGUUUCUACUGAGCUAGUGGUCAUUGUUGGGAAUCAUGACAUUGGAUUUCAUUAUGAAAUGACUACUUACAAGGUAAAUCGAUUUGAAAAGGUUUUCAACUUGACUUCAGGAAAGCUAAUAACUCGGAAAGGAAUAAACUUUGUCCUGGUGAACAGUGUAGCCAUGGACGGUGAUGGCUGUGCUGUCUGCAGUACCUCAGAGGCAAAGCUUGUGGCACUUUCUCACAAACUGAAUUGCUCCCUGCAGAAACCAAAUCAUUCCAACAAAAGAUGCAGUGAUGUGGAAGAGCUUCCAGCUUCAGAACCCAUUCUUUUACAGCACUACCCUCUCUAUCGGAAAAGUGAUGCUGAAUGCAGUGGAGAAGAUUCUGCUCCUCCAGAGGAGAAGAACACCCCCUUUAAAGAAAAGUAUGAUGUACUGUCUCAAGAGGCGUCACAAAAGCUGAUAUGGUGGUUUCACCCCCGUUUGAUUCUCAGUGGACACACACAUAGUGCUUGUGAAGUGCUGCAUGCAGGGAAAAUUCCAGAAGUCAGUGUCCCGUCAUUCAGUUGGAGGAAUAGAAACAAUCCUAGUUUCAUCAUGGGCAGCAUAACACCAACUGACUUCUCCCUCCAAAAAUGCUUCCUUCCAUAUGAGAGCAGAGUCUUUACUAUAUACUGUGCAGCAGGUGCUCUGUUUGUGAUCCUGAUACUAGCUCAUGUUCAGCUUCUCACUCCACCGUUUUAUUUUGCUCAGCGUUUAAUCAGUAAGCAUAAAGCAGUAUGAAGAGCCAGACAUCUGCAUUCAGUCACUGAAAUACCAAAGCUGAGAACAGUCAAACAUCAGACUAUAUUCAUGCCAGCAAAUGACCUAAUUUGAUUGCUAGUCUGAAGGCAGGUUGCAUUUAUACAUACCAUAGAAGUCCUAUACAGCUGAUAUGACUACUACAGGAUAAAUAAUUAACUGAAAUGAACGUUUCAUGCUGUACAAAAAUACUGUAUUCGACAAUCAAAUGAGUCCUUUUCCUGCUAUAAUUUUUGUAUCAAAUAUGUAUAUUAAAAGUGUAACUGUACAUUAUGUAAAUCCUAUAGCCUCAUCACUUGUCUGCACUAGUGUCUUACCCUGGUGGAGGCUGAAUCCUGCAAACUGGAAACGUUUCUCUGUUUUAUUGCUGCAUGGCCCUUCUAAUGUCAUGCUUGUGUUCUAGGGUCAGGCAGAAACUAGAUGCAUCAGCACUGAGAGAUGCUGAUUUCCAUAACCUUUUUAGGGUGUCAUUUGUAAGGGGACUGUGGUUUGGGACAAGAGAUCUUCUGGUUCUUGACACAGUAAAUUGUUAGCUGACUGUAAUUUGCAGUUAUCGUCUACCAGACAACAAAGGGAAGAAGCUCGUGGAUCCAGUUUGCUGAUACACACUUAAAACCUGCUUAAAAAAAAUUAGGGUGACACCUCAAGCUGCUAUUUUCAAAGAGAUGUGCUAUGAUGAGCUUAAAAAAAGAGGGCCCUAUUGCAUCCCAGAGAUGUGUGGUGAGAGGCCCUCCAGUUUCUGAUCUCCUGCAAGAAGGGAGGUCAAAUACAGCUGCAGUAACAUCAUCCUAUGCCUUGGCCCUCAGUCUACGGACAGAUAGGGAUAGGAGUGCAUGUUAUUUUAGAUUUCUGCAGGGUGCCAAGUCCUGUUGACUUUGUUGUAAUGUCACAUGUUGAACUGCACCAGAGGCCGAGGCCACCAGCUGUGCCAGAGGCCCCAGCCUGGGGGUCAGCACGGAGAAGAUAAAAUCUGAGCUCAGCAUCUUCACUCUGUGAGGGAAGGUGGACAAACCUACUGCUGCUCCCCACCUGCCCUGGAAAAAAACAGAGGGA